AUGUCUCGGUACACUAGGAAAGUGAAGAUCUGGUCCAUCUGUAAGUCGCCUAGCUCCUGCGAGCAUCAUGGCACUGCAUCAUCUUCAAAUCUUCUACUUCAUCUCCUACUUCUAGAAAUCUUUCGAGCUGGUUCACGAUCUUCAACUAUUGGUUUCGGCGUUGAAUCAUCUCGAGUCCGACUUGUUACCUCAGCAGACAAAUUGUCAGUGGCAGAAACUGGCUCUGGUGGUAGCGACGACAGCAGCAAGUUGCCUAGGGUUAUGAUGAAACCUAGUACAUAUACACGGCUACAAAAUGGAGCUGACAAUGUCAAACAAAGAAGUCGGGUUUCAAAUUCGAACGAGUUUCGUUCGACUCAGUUGGUAUUGGGUUCGAGAGUAGCACUGCGAGAAGGCGCUGGUGCUGCAAUGAGAGAAGAGGUCAAUAGCUCUGGUCGAACCAUGGAUCCCACUCCUGCUGCGAGUUCUGCUGGGGCAUCCUCACCAGCUGUUCAAGCAAAUCUUGGCAGUGUAGAUUGGUCUGGUCCUGGUCAAAAUUCCAAAGCAGCUUCUCAGUCUUGUGUUGGAUCGCAAGCUCCACGGGUUUCACUCAGUACUAGUGCUGGUGGCUCUGCCCUUGGAUCAUCAAGAACUUCAUGUCGACCAUGGGAAAGAGGGGAUCUUCUCAGGCGUUUGGCUACAUUUAAGCCUAUGAAUUGGUUGGGGAAACCUAAGGUUGCCAGAUCAUUGGCUUGUGCUCAGAGAGGUUGGAUAAAUAUAGAUGUUGAUAAAAUUGAAUGUGAAACUUGUGGGGCAUGCCUGCAUUUUGCAUCCUCUCCAUCCUGGCUGCUUCUGAAGGUAACUGAACUGUUUUGGGUGGUUUGGCUGUCUGAACUUGAAGUUAAUAUUAUUGAUUAUGUUUCAUCUACUUGUGUAUGUGUUGUAUUGAUCUCUCUCUCGCGUGCGUUUGAAGUUGAGGAUGCUGGUGAGGCCUUUUCCAAGCAGCUGGAUGUUGGUCACAAAGUUGCUUGUCCUUGGAGAGGAAACAGCUGUCCAGAAAGUUUGGUCCAAUUCCCUCCAACACCCCAGUCUGCACUAAUUGCUGGAUACAAGGAUAGAUGUGAUGUACAUAUGCAGUUUCAGUCUCUUCCUGUAAUUGCUGCAUCUGCAAUGGAGCAUAUGCGAGCUUCUCGGGGUCCACAGGUUGAUCGCCUUCUAUCCCUGUUGCAGAAUUGUAUGGCGGAGUUCGAAUCCAGAUCAGAGAGUGUACCAGAACUUGAUAUUACUCGAGAUGGUGCAUUUUGUCUGUACUCUCAUUCUCAAAAGCUCAUAAGCUUGUGUGGAUGGGAGCCAAGAUGGCUUCUAAAUGUUCAAGACUGUGAAGAACAUUCUGCUCAAUCGGCUAGAAAUGGGUGCUCAUUUGCUGCUAGCAGAGCUCAAGUCCCUCUUUCACAGGAUCCUGGACCAAGCAAAAAUGCUCUUGCUUCUUCAGCCAAGGACACUGGGAAAAAGAAAUUAUUAGUCGUGGAGUCUAGAUCUUCGUUCAGGUUGCCCUUGUUAGACUGUAGCUUAUGUGGUGCUACUGUCAGGAUAUUGGAUUUUUUAACUGUUCCUCGACCUGCUCAUGUUGCUUCUAACAACAUUGAUAUCCCUGAUACAAGCAAGAAAAUGGGAUUGACACGUGGACUUAGUGCAGCCAGUGGAAUUAGUGGUUGGGGUGCUGCUGAUGAUCCAGAGAAAGAACCAACUGAAGACCGUGAUGAAGUAGGAACAACUGAUGAGAGAAAAUUGGAGCCAAAAACAAAUGUUGAUUUGAAUCUUACAAUGGCAGGGGGUCCGUCUUUCAAUAUGUUGGGUAGAACCACACCGUCCAUAAAUAUGAAUGACGCAGACAUGGAUCAGGAUCUAAUAACUGGGCAACCAUCAGGUAGCGAGGUUGGUGAUCGAGCAGCUUCUUAUGAAUCAAGGGGUCCCAGUCCUCGCAAGCGAAGCUUGGAAAUAGGUACCAGUUCAUAUGAUAGGCCACAGUUACGCCCACAACAGACUGAUAGUAUUGAAGAAACUGUCACUGACCGUGAUGGUGACAAAUUCAAUGAUUGCAGACAAUAUUCUGCCGGGCCUUCAAAACGUGCUCGUGAUUUAGAUGUUUUUGAUACUUUCUGCUCACCAUAUCCAAGAGAUUCCUCUGAUGCAGGCCCAAGCCAUUCAGUGGAUUUUGAAACUUAUGGCGAUGGUAGCAAUAGAGCUGCUCUGUUUAAGCAAGGAAGUAACCAGAUUACUGAAAUCCCAUCAGCCAGAGAUUCAAUGCGUGCGUCCUCUGUCAUUGCAAUGGAUACUUUGUGUCACAGUGCUGAUGGUGACUCUAUGGAAAGUGUCGAAAAUUAUCGUGGAGAUGUUGAUGAUAUUCAUUUUCCCUCUUCUAGUACUUAUGGCCACAUUGACAUGAAUGAAACGUCAGAGUUGAAUUAUAGUAAUCAAGCUCAGCAGAGUAUUUGUUUCCAACCAGCCGCUGAAGAAGUUCCAGGUGAAAUGGGCAUCAGUAGUACAAAUGACAGUGAGGAAAUUUUCAAUGCUGAAACUGUGACAGCACAGGCUAGGGAUGGGUUUAGUUUUGGUAUUAGUGGGGGGAGUGUUGGUAUGUGUGCCAGCCAUGAAGCUGAAAUUCAUGGAGCAGAUGUCUCUGUUCAUAGAACAGAUAGUGUAGUUGGUGAUGUAGAACCCAGAAUGGAAGAUGCUGAAAAUCUGGGUCAAACCGGUGAAUCUGCUCCAGAUACUGGGUUGAUGGAUGAGGUCGUUCCUGGUGGAAUAAAUAGGGAGGAUCCUCAUGGUGAUAGCCAGGAAAUGUUGUCUCGCUCCUUGGGAAGGGAUGAUAGUGGUUCAAAAGUUGAUGGUUCUACCAAGGCAGAGUCUGUUGAAAGUGGUGAAAAGAUAAGCCAAAGCUGCAGAUUAGUCCCAGAUAACAGUGCUCAUCCUUCUCUUUCCUGCAAUGCUAAUAUGUACUCUGGUAAUGGAACACCCAAGAAAGAGACAAAAGAUGCUGGAAAAUCUUCCAUAAACAAUUGUCCAGAGCUAGAGUCGGAUUAUGCUAUUGCAAAUGGAAUAGGCCUACCAAAAGGAGAAAGCAAUUAUGAAGCAGUAGAAUUUGAUCCAAUUAUUCAUCACAACCAAUUCUGCCCCUGGGUGAAUGGAACAGUUGCUGCUGCUGGCUGUAGUAGCACCAGUGGUGAUGUUGUUGCAAUUUGUGGAUGGCAGCUGACCUUGGAUGCCCUGUGGUCACAGGGGCAAUUUCCUGCGCAGACAGUACAAUCUGAGUCAGCAGCAUCGUUGUAUAAGGAUGAACACCAAACUCUUGGUAAAAGGCUCCAUCGACGGCGUCCUAUGAACAAAAAUCACAGGCAGUAACAUGACCACAGGCAGUAACAUGACGUGCAAAUACACCUGCAAUGUGGAACAAGAAAUUUGGACAAAUUACUGCAAAUGUGAUUGUUUCCAUGAUAGGGCCCUGCUGUUAUGGCUUACCCUUGGGUUUGAUCUUCAUGUUGUAUGUGAUUGCCAAUGUCAUGUAGCUCAACGGCUGGAGCAAAUUGGAAAAGCUUUGUCAGCCACCGGAAAGUUCAUUCUUAUCUCAUGGUUAAGUACUGUGUUAAUACUUGCAUAGAUGAUCUAUAUUUGUGUCUCUUAGCUGGUUCUUUUCAGCAUUAUGAAUAUUGUUACUAUUAGUCUUCACUAUCAGUGACGUGACAGUGAACAUUGCUGUUAAGAACAAAGCCUUUUUUUU